AUGGAGUUCUUGAAUUUUGCUUUUUUCCUGCAUUUGCUCCGAUUGCUGUUUCUGUCGUCGUCGCCGCUGUUGCUUUUGUUGCGGUCGCGAUUGCGAUUGCGAUAGCUGAUAUUUAUAAUAACUUCUUAAUUCAACUACACCUUGAACUUAAAAACUGA